AUGAAUCUAUUCAAUGGGCGGUUAUCCUUAUACAUUCUGACUUUCUUCUGUUGGAUAUCAAUCAUAUCUGACCAGCCAUUGACCUCGGCGACAAACUCCUCCUACUCCUCCGACUCAUUCACCGUAUUGGCUUCCUCGCGUGCUGUCGUCUCCGGCCAGUUGACCCCUGCUACGGUUGUAAUUUCCCGUGUGACUGGAAAGAUCACCGCCGUUUUUGAAACCGUCCUCCCGGCUACUGACUUUCCCGAGGGGAUCUCAUAUACCGACUAUUCCCCUUAUGUCCUCCUCCCGGGGUUGAUCGAUACUCAUGUGCACCUUAAUCAACCGGGCCGUACAGAAUGGGAGGGUUUCUAUACCGGUACCCAAGCCGCCGCUUUUGGUGGGGUCACUACUGUUGUGGAUAUGCCCCUAAACGCCAUCCCACCUACCACGACAGUUGCGAAUCUGAAAGAAAAAGUUGCAGCAGCCCAGGGCAAGUGCUGGGUGGACGCUGGCUUUUUUGGUGGUGUGAUUCCCGGCAAUUCUCAUGAACUCAAAGCCCUUGUCCAUGAAGGUGUGCGUGGCUUUAAAGGAUUCCUAAUUGAUAGUGGGGUUGAUGAAUUCCCCGCUGUCAAUGCGAGCGACAUCAAAAAGGCCAUGGCUGAAUUGGCCGACGAACCCACGACGCUCAUGUUCCACGCGGAAAAGGAACCCCACGACGAACCCCCUCCACCAACCGGACCCGUGGACCAGUACUGGACUUACCUGGCAUCCCGCCCGUCGACCUACGAGACCGGCGCCAUUGCAGAAGUCUUGUCCCUGGCCCACCUAGCGCCCCAGCUCGCCCUGCAUAUCGUCCACCUUUCCGCCAUGGAGGCCAUUCCGAUGUUACGCAAAGCGCGCGCACAAGGCGUGCCAAUUACUGCAGAGACCUGCUUCCAUUAUCUCUCCUUAGCUGCCGAACAGAUCCGCGCCGGCGACACCCGGUACAAAUGCAGCCCGCCCAUCCGCUCCCAAGAGAACCAGGAUGCCCUGUGGGCCGAGCUAGCGCGAUACCCCGACGACGGCGUGAUCCAGACCGUCGUCUCGGACCAUUCGCCCUGUACGCCGGAGCUGAAGCUCCUCCCGCAGCACAUCCCUCCUUAUACAUAUGCUUCAUCCGAUUCCCACAACGGCAGCUUCCUCACGGCCUGGGGAGGUGUCUCGUCCGUCGGUAUGGGACUCCCGAUCUUGUGGACCGAAUUCAGCCGCAGGGAUGACCUGUCCUCUGCGCCUGAGGGCGAGAGUGCGAACCGUGCCCUCCAGGAUAUCGUCCGACUCUGCUGUAUGAAUACCGCGGCCCAGGUUGGUUUGGAGAAGCAGAAGGGUGACCUGGCCGUCGGAAUGGACGCGGAUAUCUGCGUCUUCGACGACAAGGCCGAGUGGGUUGUCGAGCCAUCUACCAUGCUGUUCCGGAACAAGGUCUCGCCUUAUCAAGGCCAGAAACUGAGGGGUGUUGUUCGCGAGACUUGGCUCCGGGGUCAGCGGAUAUUCACCCGUGCUGCUGGAUUCAGCGAGAACAAGCCGUCGGGGAAACUCCUCCUGGAGAAACGGGAGAAACAGAUUUCCUCAUCUAUUAAGCCUUGA